AUGGGUAUGGGUCAUCGUGAGCUCAGCUGAUAAUACUCUUUCAUUCUUUGUGCAGCCUGGGCAAUACCAGUUCCGUACUGGGAUCUCCUGGACAGCAGGCUUGAGGCAUGAGAAAUGGUACACAGCUAAACAUCCAUCACAAACGAGGCUGCACUUGCCAUCAGCUUCAGUGCCACACUCCUUGCAAUUAGAGACUUUAUAUGGGCAGGAGGCCUCCGUCUGCUCAAGCUUUGUGGAGCGAUCAGAUUCGCAAGGAAAUUGUGUGGUCGUAUGUGAGUCCAUGGAAUUCUUCUCUUCAGUACCAAGCCCACGGAGUUUCUGCAAAAGAAGCUCACAUUCAACAGACUAGACCAAGACUUGUAGAUCAUUUCAAGAAUGGCUAUGAUUCAAAAGUAGUGUUUCUGUGUGAGCUGAUCACUCCCAUAGUGAAACACUGUUUCUUGUUUCUAGAAUACACCUAAUGUUUUCGAUUCUGUAUCUCAGUUGGUCAGGGACCAUCAUGCACCGAAGAGGGUAGAGAGAAAUUCCCUUCCUAUCCCCCUCCACAAAACAACAGUGAGCAUGACUUGCCUGAUACUCACUAACGCCUGCUUCCAAGUGAUUUCCCAUCUGCACAUUUUUUAAACUAACAGCAUUAGUAGGUGUACAGGAAAUUUAAAUAAUAAUGCUAACAAGAAUGAGGAGGCAGAACUAAAACCCUAAACAACCGGGCGUAACUGCACUAAACUGACAUCCGCCAUAAAAGCAAUAUCAGCAUCUUCAACGAGAAUAGCAAAUUGCUUUAAUCAGACACAUAUCCAUAAGAAAAUAUUGAUUCUCUGAUGUCAACGCACUGGGCAAGCAACGUGAUAUUACUUGGAAAGUGCAUCAUUCUUACCUGCCUCUGACAAGAAGCUUGGGUGAUGUUUGAUAGGCUGGUGGAAAGAAGACUCAAUUCUUGCCCAAUCUUGCGGAUUCUUUCCCAUAUCUGUGUAGCAUUAUAGGCAUCAGGAGUCCAUUACGUCAAGUAGAGAGGAACGUUUAGUUCAGCAAAUUUCAGAAGAGAAAAGGCAUGACUCACCGGCUAAAAUAUUACAAAAAUCAAAUUUUAUGUCAAAAUAA